UCCGUUCCUCAUUAUUACCAUUAUUAUUACUACACUACCUUACACCAAUCUCUUCGUUAUUGUUCUCUUUUUUUUCUCCGAAUUCUCAUUGUUUUGUGUGGCGUAUAUAUAUUGGCGCUCUCAUACCAAUAUUUAUGUGUUCAACUAAAUAAAUAAUGGGUAAUAAGCUCACAUAAUAGCAAAGACUGAUUAAAAUUCAGUCCUAAAUAUCAACAACGGGAUAAUUCACACGAUUAGCAAUAAUAACAAUAUAAACAUCCUACUAGUGCUUUUUGAACUCGGGGUUUGAACCGCAAGUUAAUCGGUCCGAGUACAAAUGUAUGCAUCAACACGAGUGCAGGUUCAUCCAGCCGAUAAGUCCCAAAUUGGACAGGAUGUGUAUCGUGGGUUCCACCACUAGUUAUAAUUCGUUUGGUUCCUUCCUACUUUUAGUAAAAUAGUAAUAAAUGCAACAAUUUACGUCGCAUCCAGUUGGUUUCUUUUUCAGGUGCGAUACAUACAUUUACUAGAAGUGUUUGUAGUUAUGAGUCAUUCUAAAUCAGCAUACAGGUUGUCACAGACCUAAUGUGCUUAAUUCUGCUACAUUACAUCAGCACAGUGAAAUGAAGUUAUUAUGACGAAUUACAAGUGUUUAAAUAAAGGUAGUGUCAGUAGCAGUGAGAAAGAUAAAACAUACGAAAUGAAUCCGUUAAACGGAAUUACGAAACUUAUGGCUUAAGUGAUUAUCUGUACUUAGCCUCAUAUAAUAAGGGUGUUUGGUAGAUUUUCACCGUAAGUUCUAUACAUUUACUCAAUUUCAUCAGUAACUAUUACAUAGAAAAAUGUGUAUUUAUGAGGACAGUUUAACAUUUCAUGUCCACAUUUGUGUUCUGUUAAACUGAAAGUCUUUUAAGAAACGUUUAUAAAUAAGCUUGUAACAAAAGCCUAAACUGCUUAGAGGUUCCUUUAUUUUUGUCAAUAAUAUUCUCCGAUUGUGUUUUCAAAAAAUAAAUAUCUUACAUGUAAUGAGUAAAACAUUUGUCACCUACUGUGGUGAUUGAUCGUUGCACUAAAUCAAAAACUGGUUGGAGCUGAAAUAAUAUUGGAUGCCAACCUAAGGGUUUGAAUAGUUAAGUAUUCACCAUGAGACUUGAAGGUUCAAUCUAUGGUGAGGUGGUGAAUGAGCACUGAUGAGGCGCCUUAAACUAGGAUGAGAUAGUCUGUCCAGUGCUCCCUUGAUUUUCAAUGGUACCACAGCUAGUCAAUCUCUGACGAAUACAACUUAUAAAAUGUCUUGAAUAAUGACAAAUAUGUCCAUUCAAUAAGCCAGUUAUAUUCAAGUUUUUCCAUAACCUGAAUAUUCUUCACCUAAAACCUGUCUGUUUCUCGUUAACCGUUUACUAUAAGUAAAAAUAUGACAUGUUAUAUUGAUAAAAUCUGUGUAUCAUUUCUUAUGCUACUUAAGAUAAAAUACUUUGAUGCUAAUUCAUGGACGUUUCCGGCUGGUAAUUGAUGUGUUUCAUUCAAAGUUAUUAGUGUAUGAUGUGAUCAGAAGCUGCAAUUACUAUUAAUAAUACUGAUUAUCAGAGUGUUAUUUCAUUUUAUACGUUAAUUGGAUUCUGUCUAUUUAACACACAUUGAGUUUUGUGCCCCUAACGCAAAACAAGAGCGGGAACUUUCGAGAAAACUUCAUUAGAUUUGCACAAAACAAGGGUAUUUAUAAGAUUUUCAGGGACCUUACAGUUUUAGAGACUAAGAAAAGAUACAACAAUUGGUAGUGAACUUGAAAAUUGUUUUUUAAGAUUUGGGAGAAGCCCAAUGAGUUACUUCCUAGUUUUCUUGGAGGGUUUUUCAAGAAAUACUGAUUGCUAUUAGUUUAGCGUAUUUGUGCAGAUUGUAAGAUUUUCAGUUUAUUCACGAGCUGAUCUUAUCUAGACCACAAUAAAAAACCUAAAAGCAUUGGAGACCUGUCUCGUCCCAGUAUAAGACUUCCCAGGACCUUCGGUCUGGUGCGCGAAUGCUUCACCUCCAGGCCACUAACCACUACCCAAACAUGUUAAUGUCUAACUUCAAUCAAUUCGCGGUGUUAUGUGACCCUCAUUCAUUUAUUAGGGCAGGUAACUCACAUCCAACACAAAUAGAACUACACUGGUCUAGAGAUUAGGCGUUCGCGCGCAAAACCGAAUGUCCUGAGUUUGGCUCCUGCCUUCGUUGUUGUGGAUACGCACUGCUGAGGAGUCACGUACUAAAACGAGAUGGACGUCCGGUGGUUCCUUAGUGGUGGUCCAAUUAAGAUCUGUUCGUGAUUUGAACUGUGAAAGUACUAACUGAUUACAGUGGUUCUGCACUUUUCAUUAAAAUUUUUUAAAAUAAAUACUGAAUAAUUCAGUAAAAUUAUUUUACCAGUUUAUAUAAAAUAUCAACUUUCUCAUUUCAUAUGGGGAAGUCAUGGUGAUUAAUUCAACUCCAUAUAGUCAUUCAUAGUGUAAUGAGGUCAGUUGUCAUGUUUAUUUGUUCGGGAUGACGAAAGUUAAAGUACAAAGAAACAUUAACUAAUUGCGUUCAACUGUUCCGAAACAUUGAAACAAUAGAUCUUGUUCAUCAUUCUCUUGUGUUUCAAAUUUAUUGGUAUCUGAUUUUUAUUUCUGCAGAAAUACGAUAUCUAAACACAAUUUUAAUAGAAAAACAGUUGGAUACAACAAAAUCGCUAACUAACCUCAAAAGUUAAGUCGAUGAUUGCAAAGUUUUGAUUCCAGUGUGAACAUGAGACUGCAGUUGAUGAAAUCUCAAUGAAGUGAAAGAGAUGUACUAUAUACUACAGUUGAGUGGAUUACUAGUUACAUUUCAUUUCUCAUUGUCUUUAUAUGUAAGAAAUAAUUUUAUCUAUUUACUGAUUAGACAUAACUCCGCCUGGAGUCACUCCGAGGGCUACUGCCGGUCCCAAGCCCGAAUAAAGGAGGAGGGUUGGGCAUGGGGUUAUCGUUCCCAUCCCGUAGAAAACUAACUCGCUAAAAAAACGCCAACCAGAAAAAAUUAUUCAAACCUUUUAAACUCUGCCCUGGGAGUCAGAAGGUCUUCAUUUAGAAGAACUAUGACGCCUCAUGAUGAAAGCCGAAUUCCUUCGGAAGCCACUAGGCCGAUGCCCCUUUCUGACAACCAGAGCAACCAUUUAUUUGGGUACAUGGAAUGUUCGUACAAUGUGGGACACCGGGAGAGCCUUCCAAAUUGCUGCGGAAAUGAGAAGAUACAACCUAGAGGUACUUGGGAGCAGUGAAACACAUUGGACACAAGUUGGACAACAACGACUAACUUCAGGAGAGCUUCUGUUAUACUCCGGCCACGAAGAAAAAAAAAUGCCCCAAAUACACAAGGAGUUGCAUUGAUGCUGUCCAAACAAGCACAAAAUGCACUUAUAGGAUGGGAAUCUCAUGAACCAAGGAUCAUCAAAGCCUCUUUCAAAACAAAGAAAGAGGGCAUUUCAAUGAAAAUCAUCCAAUGCUAUGCGCCUACCAACGACUACAAUGAAGACGCUAAAGACCAAUUCUACAAUAGGCUGCAGUCAAUCGUCGAGAAGUGCCCAACAAAGGACCUGACCAUUCUGAUGAGAGAUUUCAAUGCCAAGGUUGGAACGGACAACACUGGAUAUGAAGACGUCAUGGGACGACACGGACUUGGAGAAAGGAACGAAAAUGGUGAGAGAUUUGCAAAUCUAUGUGCCUUCAAUAAGCUGGUCAUAGGCGGCACCGUAUUCCCACAUAAACGCAUUCAUAAAACCAUAUGGACUUCACCGGAUCACUCUACACAAAACCAAAUCGACCAUAUUUGCAUCAGUAAAAAGUUCAGGAGGACUAUAGAGGACGUGAGAACCAAGAGGAGCUGAUAUAGCAUCAGAUCAUCACUUGCUGGUCGCCAAGAUGAAAUUGAAACUCAAGAAGCACUGGACAAUGGGGCGGACAAUAUCACAAAAGUUCAAUACGACCUUUCUUCAGGAUACUAACAAACUCAACAAAUUCAAGAUGGUCCUCAGCAACAAGUUCCGGGCCUUUCAUAAUCUACUCAACGGAGAAGGAACUACUGUGGAGAGCAACUGGAAGGGGAUCAAAGAGGCAAUCACUUCAACAUGUCAUAAGGUCCUGGGUCACAAGAAGCAUCAUCACAAGGAAUGGAUCACUGUUGAUACACUGGAUAAGAUUCAAGAAAGGAGGAACAAGAAGGCAGCAAUCAAUACCAGUCGAACAAGAGCAGAAAAAGCCAGGGCACAAGCUGAAUACACAGAAGUAAACAAACAGGUGAAGAGGAGCAUCAGAACCGACAAACGUAAAUAUGUGGAAGAUUUGGCAACGACGGCGGAAAAGGCUGCAAGAGAAGGAAACAUGAGACAAUUGUAUGACACGACAAAAAAACUCUCUGGAAAUCGCCGCAAACCAGAACGACCAGUGAAAAGCAAAGAAGGCAAGGUAAUCACCAACAUUGAAGAGCAACAAAACAGGUGGGUAGAACACUUCAAAGAACUCUUGAAUCGACCAGCUCCACUGAACCCACCCAACAUCGAAGCAGCACCGACGGACCUCCCAAUCAAUGUUGUCCCACCAACAAUUGAAGAAAUCAGCAUGGCCAUCAGACAAAUCAAGAGUGGCAAAGGAAACAAGACCAGACAACAUUCUAGCAGAGGCACUAAAGGCAGACGUAGCGGCAACUGCAAGGAUACUCCACAUUCUCUUCAGCAAAAUUUGGGAUGAGGAACAAGUACAAACAGACUGGGAAGAAGGACUUCUGGUCAAAAUCCCAAAGAAAGGCGAUCUCAGCAAGUUUGAUAACUGCAGGGGCA